UCCCGUAAGUGAUUGAUUCAAACAAAAAUGGCUACUCGGUCAUGCCUGUGUGCUUUUCUACUCCUUUUCGCAUUUCAAUCCCCCAUUGUUAGGGCCAACACUGUUCCGCUUCCUCCACCUCAGUGCCGGCCAUUGGUGGCUUCCAACCUUGCCCGCAUUGAGUUCUUUGUUCAGUUGCUCAAAGUCAAAACUGAAUUCUUCCUGCGCUCAAUCGGUCUUCAGAUCAAAAAUAUAUCACCGGGGCUGGUCCAAGGCCCUGACCCCAUCGGAGCCACCAACGCCACGGUCAAUAUCCUCACAAGAAGGAUUAUCGAGCAGUUUGAUUUGAGUAACGUCCGACGUAUCAGGGCUAUCGUUAACAGGACACUUCUAAAUGCUCCGCUACAAAGGCCACUGAUUACUGUGACCCCAGCAGCUUUUGCCAUGGCUUUGAAUGCUCGCAUAUUUCUGCUCGCCGUCCGAUUUAUUCUGUCUGUGAUUACUCAAUACGAGGGUACAAUGACUCCUCUGAUUGUCGGCACCAACAAGCGACAGACGGUGGGGAAUCUCACCAACAUUACCGCCGAAGGGGUUAACGUUCGCGGGAGGUGCGGUGCAAAAGACGAAGGUAUGAUCGUCCCACUGCAACUCGGAGCCGAGAAUCGAACGACAGUCAACGUCGUGCCGGGGGAUGUCAAUUCCCUCGCGGUUGCUCGCACCACGAGGGAGGUCCUGAGGAUCCUUUAUGGAACUGGCAACGCCACCAUGCCCGGUGCACUUAUACCGGCUGGCUUCACAUGUUCGUUAAUUUCUCGAAUUCUACUCCAAAAUUUGGGCUAACGGCUUCAAAGCAUUGGCGAACGCAGCAUCCCAUGAAAGCUAGCUUUUAUCAUAUAUAAUCGUAUUAGUAGACUAAAAGUAAUCAAAUGAAUAAAGACUUACUGGUAAGUCGCUUUCUAGUUUGGAAAUGAUGAAGACUAUACAUGUUAGAAAGAAACACAUAUGUUUAUUUAUAUGGAUAGUUAUAUGUAAGUUCGAAUUUCGAACAGUCAAUAAUAGAGCUUUGGGAUUAUGCGA